AUGCAAGCCACGAUACUCGGGCGACGUCCCGGUAGUUCAGCAGCGAGCUUUGCCUCUCGGCCUCGUCACAGACCUGAGGUCCGACGCCCCGAGCUUACCACGGUUCUAGAUUCGAGCUCCCGGUUCGAAUGGAACGCAAACGACUGGUCACCGACGUCUCUCGAGUCUUUUUUGCAAGAGCGAAAAGCGAACAAUAGACAGUUCACGAGUCGACGAGGACGCACGAUAGAAAGCCCAGUGGUUGCAAUGUCGAGACUUGGGAUCGACGACCGACGGCGGGCGACUGACGUGUGGAAACGAGCAAAAGAUCCGGCGAUGAACCAACUGAAGACUGUCUUUUGGCCCUGUUUGCCAUCAAUCGAAUCUCGAAAUGAGACGAGAAAGGCACGCGUGGAAACAAACCCCGCCGAGUCGCACUGCUAUCUUGGUAUUGCAAUUAUUGCGCUUCUUUUUUCUAACGGUCCUGAGAACUUGCUCCUUCUACUGCACUUUUUCUCGAAAACGGCGCGUGGGCGAGCCGUCGGUCAGGCAGUGUGUCUUUUUGUACUGAGAAAAAAAACCGAGCCCGAUUCUUUUCGGCGGCAUGUCGCGUGCGCUUUCAGUUCUUUUUCGUGGUUGGUGCACGGGCCGCAAGCUUCGGGCAAGCUUCAAGCACGCAACUAG